AUGGAAGUACUUCAUGUAACCGGGCAACCUUUUAAUGAUACAACUAUAGAUGAUUAUCAAUUUCAUACCUAUCAACCCUUCAUUACUGGAAAACUCAAUUAUAACGAUGAAAUUCGAAUCCCCAUUCAAGAUUUAGAUGCUUACACAUUGCCAUUAAAAAGUUAUUUGUAUAUUGAAGGAAAGUUGCUUACUGAUGCUGGAAAAGUACCAACUAAACUACAAUUUAUUAACAAUGCCAUAGCAUUUUUGUUUCGUGAACUCCGUUAUGAGAUAAACAGUGUCGUAAUAGAUUCUGUAAGAGAUGUAGGUCUUGUAUCGACCAUGAAAAAUUAUUUGAGUCUUAAUGAAAACGAAAGUGUACUAAUGCAAAAUGCUGGGUGGUUCCCUAAGGAAAUUAAAAAACUUGCGACAGAUUCUAAAGGUGUUGUAACAGUAGAGACAGAAAAAAUUUUAGUUGAUAAAGAUGGAAACUUUAAUGUUUGCAUUCCCUUAAAAAUGUUAUCAGGUUUCUUUGAAGAUUUUGGUAAAAUAAUUAUGAAUAUGAAACAAGAAUUAGUAUUAAUUCGUUCCAGUGAUGAUAUUGAUGCCAUAAUAAGUUCUGAUGAUUCUGAAAAACCAAAUAUCGAACUUCGUGCACUCUCCUGGCACGUACCACAUGGCACCCCUAGUAUUAGUCAACAACUUCGACUAAAUAAAAUUGUUCAGAAUUUUACCAAUAAUAAAUAUGCCACAUUAUAUGAUAUGUUUGCAAACUUUCAGGAAAGUUAUUAUCACUUUAAUUUAAAUCAACCAAUAUUUAAUCCACAAGAGUUUAAAGAAAAAGCACCCUUAGUACAUAUCGAUUGUUCAAGACAAAAAGAAGUGAUUCAAUCCGGAAGCAUUGUUCUUAGAAUUGAAUUUGAAACUGAUGAGCCCACGUCAACGGAUAUAUCAGCGUUUUGUCUCAUAUUACACGAAAAAGAAUUUUCAUAUAAUAUGGAAAAUGUAGCAGCGGAAAAUGAAGCAGAAGGGGGUGAGGUAGCGGACAAUCAUCCCCUUGAAGAUAAUGAUAGUGACAUUAGUGAUGUGCUAAAUUUAACAAAUUUCGAACCAGAAAAACAAUGUUUAAGUAUUUUUAAAAACAAUUUAAGUGAUUUUUUGCGCACCAACGAUGGUGUUUUAAAAGAAUACCCCAGGAAAAAAAUGAUGUUGGAAAGAAAAUUGAAAAAAUAUGAGAAAAAGGUAAUUAAAACGAGGGAUUUAAUUUUAGAAAUGACCAAAUAUAUCAAUUUGUCAAUAGAAAUUAAAAAUUGUAUUAAAACUCAAACAUCAGUGUGCGAUAAAUAG